AAGGGUGUUUACUGGCAUUAGUGUGAUCUAUUGCCUGUUUGUUAUACUUGGCUACGUUCAUAACAGGGGAGUGGUUACAUAUACUGUAAGUUUCAUUUAGUCAGAAAUGGUUUUGUCGCAUGCUGGUCACCUGUUUUGUAGGUAAUGGAGAGCAAAGGUCUACUUCAGCUUUGACCAUAUGUACAGUUUGUGCGUUUGCGAGGGCCAACAGUCUGGUGUUCUACUACGGUGACUGACAUGGAUACAACAGCUCUGAUCUACAAGGUCCUCUGUGCCCAUAAUGGAUCAUUUGAGCUGGGAGAAUUGCGUGCCAACAUUAGCACGAUAGAAGAUGACCUGGAAAGUGUUUUAGGGAAUCAGGAGAUGUUUACCAGUGCUGUCUCUAAGGGAAACAAACUGAUAGUUGCCCAGACAAAGAUGAGGUUAUGCAGAGCUAAUGGAUGUAGUGGCUGCAGCAAUUUACACCUGUGCAAGUUCUACCUGUAUGGAACAUGUCCAUCCAAUGAGAGACAAGGAUGCCGUCUCUGCCAUGAGCUGAUCAGAGUCCUGAGAGAGCAUCACCUGGAGGAACUGGACAGGAAGGAGCUGUGUACAUUACUGCUGCAGAAUGACAACGCCCUUAUACCCCCAGUAUGCAACUCUUAUAACAAAGGCACCGGGCCUUAUGGCAAGUGCCCGGAUCAGGAGGGGUGCAGGAGACUUCACGUGUGCGACAGGUACAUCAGAGGAACCUGCUCCUCGGGAGCCGACUGCAACAGGUGUCAUGACUUCUUUGAGCCCCACCCAUGGAGGACCCUGCAGCAAAGGGGAGUGCCUAACGAUCUAAUGGCGUCCAUGUUGUCCACCUACCAGAACAUCCAGGCCAUGAAAAGUGAAGGUGCCGGCGGUGCUGGUUCCAUCAACAGGCCCCAGAGCUGUCCUCAGAGAAAUACAGUGAGGAAUGAGAUCUGCCUGUUCUUUGUCAAGGGGGACUGCAAACAAGGAGAGAAAUGCUGGAGAGUCCACUUUAACAUGCCCUACAAGUGGGAAGUGAAGGAUGGACAGACUUGGUCAGCACUGCCAGAAAACGAAGCGAUCGAGAGAGACUUCUGUGACCCUUCUAAGAUACACAGUGAUGGAUCUGAGUGUGUGCAUUUCGACUCCAUGACCCGUGGAUUCAGUGAAGUUCACCGUCUCUCCACAGUUUCCUCUGUGACCCAGCCCACAUACAUACUCACCACAGAGUGGGCGUGGUUCUGGGAGGACGAGUACGGCCAAUGGGUCCAGUACGCAUCCAUCAAAGAGAUGCACAGAUUGUCAUCCAUCACCAGUGAAUACCUUGAGAAAAGGUACCAGGAGGAUCAAAGUGCUGUGGUAAAGUUCACUGCAGGCCAGCAGUCUUAUGAGCUGAGUUUCAGAGACAUGACUCAAAAAAAAAAAACAUAUGGCACUAUAAGGAUGGUCAGACGACGUCCUGUCUUUGUUUCAACUGCAGACACACAAGCUGCAAGAAGCAGGAGAAAUGGACCACGCAACCGCUCUCAGAAUUUCAGAGCUGUUCCUGGAUUUUGGGACAAGUCUGCCAUACCUGACAUUGGAUACAAGACAGUCACUCUUCUGAGUUCUGACAGGGACUAUCAGAAGGUCCAGGAACUUUUCAACAAGACCAUGAGGGGCUUCCAAAUCACCAGCAUCGAGAGGGUCCAAAACAGGGACCUCUGGGAAGUCUUCCAGUGGAAAAGAGAUUUAAUGAAGAAAAACAAUGGAGGUAAAAACAGCAAGGAGCUACAUCUCUUCCACGGAACGGAUCCAAAACACAUAGAAGCCAUUUGCAGAGAUAACUUCGACUGGAGGCUGUGUGGAACCAACGGAACUGUGUAUGGCGAAGGGAGUUACUUUGCCAGGGAUGCCAAGUACUCACACAGCUACACCAGCCACUCAGGAGUGAGGUCAAUGUUUGCUUGUCGGGUGCUUGUUGGUGACUACACACGGGGGAACUCGGACCUCCGUCGUCCCCCUCCAAAAGGCGAGGGAAGCCCGACUCUCUAUGACAGCUGUGUGGACAAUGUCCUGGACCCAUCCAUAUAUGUAGUGUUUGAAAGGCACCAGGUGUACCCUGAGUUCCUAAUCAAAUACGAUGAUGGCGUCAUGCACUGGUCCUCUUCGGCUCCAGCUCCACCCAAGACUGUCUCUAUCCAAUCCUCUUCCAUUGUCCAAUACCUAACAUCCAAACGGAUUCAAGCAGCAGCUGCUGCUACGCUGUCAAACUCUCGAGUUCCAUCGACUUCCACUUUGAGUCCAUCUCAAGCUGCCACCACUUCCUCUAAUCCAACCGAUUCUCUUCCCCGUUCAAGUCUCCCAAAACCUGCCCAAACCCCAUUGGGAUUGAGUCAAUCUGCAGUCCUCAUGAAGCCAGCCCCAAGUUCUCAAUUGGUGGAUACCACCCUAGGCCAAGCUAAUUGGUCUUACACUCCCUCAUUCAGCAACCUCUCUCAUAAACUCAUUACCCUAGCCAGUACCCCCUCUCGUACACCCACUACCCCAGUCAGUACCCCGUCUCGUACACCCUCUACCGCAGCCAGUACCCCCUCUCGUACACCCUCUACCCCAGCCAGUACCCCCUCUCGUACACCCACUACCCCAGCCAGCACCCCCUCUUAUACACUCACUACCCCAGCCAGCACCCCCUCUUAUACACUCACUACCCCAGCCAGUACCCCCUCUCAUACACCCACUACCCCAGCCAGUACCCCCUCUCGUCCACCCACUACCCCAGCCAGUACCCUCUCUCGUACACCCACUACCCCAGCCAGUACCCCCUCUCGUACACCCACUACCCCAGCCAGUAACCCCUCUUGUACACCCACUACCCCAGUCAGUACCCCGUCUCGUACACCCUCUGCCCCAGCAAGUACCCCCUCUCGUACACCCAGUACCCCAGCAAGUACCCCCUCUCGUACAUUCACUACCCCAGCCAGUACCCCCUCUCGUACACCCACUACCCCAGCCAGUACUCCCUCUCCUACACCCACUACCCCAGCCAGUACCCCCUCUCGUACACCCACUACCCCAGCCAGUACUCCCUCUCGUACACCCACUACCCCAGCCAGUACCCCCUCUCCUACACCCACUACCCCAGCCAGUACCCCCUCUCGUACACCCACUAGGCCACCCAGCAUCCCCUUUCGCACACUCACUAGGCCACCCAGCAUCCCCUCUCGCACACUCACUAGGCCACCCAGCAUCCCCUUUCGCACACUCACUAGGCCACCCAGCAUCCCCUCUCGCACACUCACUAGGCCACCCAGCAUCCCCUUUCGCACACUCAAUAGGCUACCCAGCAUCCCCUCUCGCACACUCACUAGGCUACCAAGUAACCCCUUUCUCACACUCACUACCACUGCCAGCACCACUUCUUGCACACUUUCCUGUUCAACUGACACACCCUCUCAGGGUCACACCCUCUCAGGAAGAGCUACUCCCACUCUCUCUGCCAGCAGUACCUCUCACCCACUAUCCCGUUCUUCCUCAUUGAGCACACCUUAUCACACACUUUCUCACUCAUCAUACACCCCCACUUACACAGACUCUUCCACACUCUCGGGGUCUCCCCACUCCACAUCUAACACUACUUCUGACACAUCUUCUACUACUAUCACAUCAUCUAGACUGCAGGAGUUAAUUGAACGAUUUGGUGGUCAAAGAUCAACCUGGUGACAAUUUGAAGUGUUUAGAAAGAAAGUGUUCAAAUUCUGAAUGACAAAUAUGCAUUCUUGGUGUGUAAAAUCCUUGCAACUCUUACAGCACACAAUAAUUAUGUUCAACUAGAAAAAAGGAAUAUGAUGAGCAUGUUUCCUUUACUCUGGGACUUCUGGUCUGCUGACACCUUUUGUAAAGGAGUUAGAUUUCCGUGUUUUAUGUGUUUUCAACUAAAUAAACUCAAUGACCAAUAGAAAGUCAUUGACUGGUGACAUU